GGUUUGAGCUGCAGUGUCUUCUAGCAGCGGUUGGGUAAGGGAAUGCAGCUGUCCGCUGUCCGGGAAGCAUAACCAUAUAUACCCAUAGAGACAACACACGGCCCUUUGAGCUGGACUAGACCUGCCUCCUUCUACUGCCGGAGAAACCCGACACACACACAUCCCGAUCACCGUGGAGCAAAGACUCUAUCCACAAGGCGAGAGGUAAAGAGCGGAGCCGCGAGCAUGGCUGUCGAAGAGGAAGGGCUUCGGGUUUUCCAAAGCGUCAAAAUAAAAAUAGGUGAGGCGAAGAACAUCCCUCCGUACCCAGGUCCCAACAGGAUGAGAGACUGUUACUGUACUGUCAACCUGGAUCAGGAGGAGGUCUUCAGAACCAAGAUCAUCGAGAAGUCUCUGUGCCCCUUCUAUGGAGAGGACUUUUAUUGUGAAAUCCCCCGUAGUUUCCGCCAUCUGUCCUUCUACAUCUUCGACAGAGACGUGUUCAGGAGGGACUCCAGCAUCGGUAAGGUAGCAGUGAAGAAAGAAGACCUCCAGAGGUAUCAUGGUAAAGACACCUGGUUCCCUCUGAGACACGUCAGCGCAGACUCAGAGGUUCAGGGAAAGGUCCACAUAGAGCUGCGUCUCAGUGAGGUCAUCACAGACAGCGGAGUCGUCUGUCAUAAACUGGCCACACGUGUGUUGGAGUGCCAGGGCCUGCCCAUCGUGAAUGGACAGUGUGAUCCGUACGCUGCGGUCUCCCUGCUGGGCCCAUCCAGAUCAGAAGCUAAGAAGACCAAGGUGAAAAGGAAAACCAACAACCCCCAGUUUGAUGAGACUUUCUACUUUGAGGUGACACGACCUCUUAGUCACACCAAGAGACAGUUUGAUGUGGAGGAGGAGGGUGUUGAUAAGCUGGCUCUGAGGGUUGACCUGUGGAAUGCCAGUAACCUGAAGUUUGGGGAUGAGUUCCUGGGAGGGGUCAGAGUUCCUCUGAAGGCCCUGGGACAGGCUGGGGUCCACGACGCAUGGUACUUUCUGCAGCCCAGGGAUAAUGGAGGGAAGCCAGUGAAAGUGGAUGAGUUGGGUUCUCUUCGUUUAAACAUUGUUUACACUGAGGACCAUGUGUUCCCCUCUGACCACUACG